UGGAUGAAAUAAAUACAAAUUAUUAAGUUUUCUUCCUCUGGUCUUUCUCUAAAUUUCUUCCCCUUUCUUCUGCAAGUCUUUUCUUCACACAAAAAUGGGUGCUACUAAGGUUACAGAUGAUGGAACCUAUGACAGAACAACCGAAAUCAAAACAUUCGACGAGACGAAAGCCGGCGUUAAGGGUCUAGUCGACGCCGGAAUCACCAAAGUUCCUCGGAUGUUUUACACUCCGCCGGAUCCCUUUGUUCAGGCAUCAUCAGACAAAACCGGCCGUUUCAGUAUUCCGGUGAUAGACCUGCAGGGCAUAUACAACAGUAGUGGGGAUGGUUCAGUGCAACGUAGGGAGGUGGUCGACAAGGUCCGAGGUGCAUCGGAGGUGUGGGGGUUUUUCCAGGUGGUCAAUCAUGGGAUUCCUGCCAGUAUCCUGGAAGAGAUGUUGGGUGGUACCAGGAGAUUCUAUGAACAAGAUAGUGAGGUGAAGAAACAAUGGUACACGCGAGACAGUUCGAAGAGAGUUGUUUAUAACAGCAACUUUGAUUUGUAUAGUGCAGGCUCCGCUAACUGGAGGGACACAACUUACUGCAGCAUGGCUCCUUAUCCUCCCAGUCCAGAUGAAUUGCCAGAGGCCUGUAGAGAUAUACUGAUUGAGUACUCUGAGCAAGUUAAGAAGUUAGGGCUUACCUUAUUUGGUUUGCUUUCUGAGGCUCUUGGCCUAAACCCGAACCAUUUGAAUGAGAUUGGGUGCCCGGAAGGACUAGCCGUUCUGUACCAUUACUAUCCAGCAUGCCCUGAACCAGAACUAACCAUUGGAGCCAGCAAGCAUUCUGAUUCUGACUUCAUGACAGUCCUACUACAAGACCAUAUUGGAGGCCUUCAAAUCCUCCAUGACAAUCUUUGGGUUGAUGUUCCCCCUGUACCCGGAGCUUUAGUCAUAAACAUUGGUGAUCUCUUACAGCUGAUAUCAAAUGACAGGUUCAAGAGUGUUGCACACAGAGUGGUGGCCAGUGAUGUUGGUCCAAGGGUAUCAGUGGCCAGCUUCUUCACCACCGGCCAUGUACCAUCAUCAAGGAUCUAUGGUCCGAUCAAGGAAUUGUUGUGUGAAGAUAAUCCUGCAAAGUAUAGGGAAACUACAGUGAGAGACUACUCAGUUCACUAUGAUGCAACAGGGCUUGGAGGUAAAUCUGCCUUGUUAGGUUUCAGGCUCUAGAUAAACUUUGUAGUACAAAGAUUAGUAUCAGUUUGGUUUGUAUUAAGUAAUUCUCAAUACUUUACAAUUAAUUAAUCAUAUGUUGUUGAGAUUACAACUUGAGUCUUAAAGGCUGACCAAUUGUUGUCUGUGAAACUGCAUCAAUGAAAUAUUUGGCUUGCUAUUAU